CAAGGAACGAAUGUAAUGAAUGGAAACUCGCAGACAAAUAAAAAUUCAGUGGCGGGUAUGUAAAAUAAACCGAAUAGAAAUACCAAUAGCUGAGACGAGGAGGUCAUUCUCGUUCAUGUCUUUCAACGGUCGCAUCGUCCGUUAUGACGCUGCGAUGAUGAAGAACGCGGAGAAGGCGCGUGGACCACAGCCACAGGCCACAUCGGAGAGUACCCUCACGUAGGGAGCGCAAGGCGCAAUGGGGUGUGGUGGAUCGAAGGGAGGGGCGGCGGGGUAAGAGGUUAGAGUUAUCUUUUAGCUUGAACAAAAUACAUGAUCGGCUACAAAUAAUAUGAAUUCGAAGAUUUUUUCAAGUUGAUUGUUGCGUGAUAUCUUUUUAGGUCUGGCGCCUCGCGUGUGCAGAACUUUCCUGUAGAGGAUGUGGACGAUGACGGUCCAGCGAAGCCUACAGUUGGUGCUGCAGCGACAGGUGGAGCAGGCAGCACCGCUGCUGGAGGUAGCACAGGAGGCGGUAAGUCUGGUACUGGUUCGUCCUACCGAAGUAAAAAGGACAAGCUGAACCGGUCGAAUAGUAGUGGCGAUGAAGGAGCAGGCAAUAGAGGAAAAGAGCAGCCUCCAAUAGGGACAACAGGGAGUGGCUCCAGCACAACAGCAACUAGUGGCAGUGGUGGAGAUGGCGGCCAAGGAGGUGGCUUGCAAGUGAACACCUCAGCAUCAUCUCCGGAGAAUGCCCAUGGCGGGUUCAACAAUACUGGUAAUACCGAUGCCCUAGGCCAGACGAUGAUGUCGUCUACGAUGAACGCCAGUUCAACGAACAACCAAUUUGGAAGUUCUGGUGGCAGUGGGCACAAGAAUAAGGCGGGGAAGCGAGGUGGGGAUCACAGUUAAGGUUGUACCGCUAAAGCAUCCGAAGCACCAUGAUCCCCGGCUCUUUUUCUACUUGAAAAAGAAGCGGCCCCUUCCAAGGAUACUAACUAUGACCCUCAAAGAGGAAGAUGCGAACGCGGUAGCAGCUCUAACAUAGUCUAGGCGGUCACGCUACUACACCGAGCGCAGGUUCGUAUCGGUCACCAAAAAAGCAAUUCUCAAAAGAUGAACUUCAACAAGGACCAAGUAGUGCGGCAGGAGUAGAGCCUUCCGGUCCCGGACCCCCUGGUAAGAGCGGGAAAAAAACCACUCCUCGUAUGCAUUUAGAUGCAACAAUGACGAGUGGUACUGAGCCAAAUAUUAAGAGUUUCCGAAUUGCAUUGCCCUUGCUCACUACCAGUACCAUCCUUGGCUCUUUUCCUGGUAGAAUAGAAGCCAGGGAUGUGCUGAGCCUGAGGAAUAUAAUUCCGUUGUAACAUCUAAAAAUAGUCCAAUGAUGAGUCACCCUGCGACACCGACUCAGGGCCAGCUGCCAGUGACGCCGACGGCGGGGAAGAGGGGUACCAUGUCGAUGUGCUUCAUACUAGAUCCGCUUUUACCUGCUUUACGUUUAAGUACCUUUUAAUUUAAGAAAACCCUUUAAAUACACUUUCGCGUUCCUCACUAGUAUGUCAGUCCAUGUCCAUGGUGAGUCAAUGGAUCAUCAGUUACCCGCAAAAUCAUCAGUUAUCCGCGGAAACCCCUUGAUACGGCAUGCGAAUGCGGAGGAAAUCAGGAUGGGUUUGUCGUUGGGGAUAAUGGAACCCUACCAAGACGAGGAAGAAAUACAAUUGGAGCCGCCGCCGUCAAAAAAAUAGAAGAAAGGGCUAGCUUCAUCCGAUCAUGUUGCUGUAUCUGUUUCAGUAUCUGUAUCUUACUUAUGCAAGAGCAAGAGUAGGUCCGUAGUUAUAGUGUCUUGUGAGCUUUUUCUUUCAUUCUUGUCUGUCAGUAGUUUCUUUUGCUUAGCCAAUGAUCAACAAAAACAAUCAAUCCAGUGAAAAGAAACAACUGUCUUGUUCAGAAGAAUACCAUUACCAAUGCUGUGAAAAUCGAUUUCCAACUUGCGUCGAUGCUGCUGCUGGUGUGGCGUGUCUAAGUUCAGAUCAAAAUCGAUACUUAUUUAGAUUGUAACAAGUGCGUUGCACCGUCCGUAGUAGAGUAAAGGAAAUCGAAAUGAAAGGUUACGAGACCC